UUGAUUUCAAACUAUAAUUUUAUUUAUGAAUCAAUCAAUCAAUUGAUUUAUUUCUAGUGUUUAUAUGUUUGACAUUUGAUUGACAUAAAAGUCAUGUUAACUGAUGUCGUGUAUCGGUGUUUACAUUGUUCGCACCGACGGCGCCAAUUGUGGCCACUAAUCAGCUUAUUUGGUCGCAUUCGACGGCCCGUAAACAGCGAUAAUUUGGUGACCAAUCGAUUUGUUCACCGAAGCACUGACUGUUUUAAUGUCAAACCAAGCGAUGGACAAUCUUCCGCCGGUCACAAACCCGAAGUAUCCGAUGAACAACCAAUUAAAUACACGUCAAGCGAUGCUCACCUCAAACACAAGGCAUAUAUGAACUUUCGUCUGUCCGAUGAAGAGAUGAAUGACAUCCUGUGGUAUGAAAGACCUAUUUUGAUGAUAUCUGCGGUCAUAUUCUUGAUAUACUUUGCAUAUCUUCGAGAACCCAACGAUAUCGACGAAAAAAUGGGUCGACCAUUGUUUGAGGUGAUGCCACAGUUAGAGGUACCGAUGAUUGAGUCGGCUAUUGGUAACGCUGAACGUAUGGGUGCAGACACUAAACAACUGAUGAAAAGGUUAGAUGAACUCAAAGAACUUAGACAACAGAUCGACAAACUCGACAAACAGUCAACAAAAUAAAUGAUAGGUUUAUAACACAA